AUGGCUCCUUCAUCUCUCCCGUCGACUCCGCGGAUGCUGGAUGCCAAUGGUCCGUCAACAGCUUCCCCAGGAAAAUGGCGACAUCCACGUUUGAAAGAGAUUAUUCGACGACAAAAUGCGUCCAGCGUCAAUGAGAAAACAAUUAGACGGCUGCUUUUAAAUGCAGGCACAUUGAUUUUUACUGGCUUUAUUGGCAACACCUACAAGCAAUACUCCCUAGCGAUUGGAUCUUUUUUUCAAAUUCCGACCUACCCAGACAUCGUACUGCUUGUCAUCCGCCUUUUACUGUUUAUCAACAUUGCCAUGAUUCUGUACCCUAUCUACCGGGCACCUGACCAGGUAUCCGACAUCCCGCUGACACCAUCACAAAGAGCACUGCUGGGACUCGACCCAAAUAGCACAUCUCCCGCUACACAGGGCACCGAAUACAUCACCCCACCGAGAUACCGCAUAUCAUCAAGUUCGCGCAGGAGAAGCUCGGGUUCAUGGGGCAACUCGCCCUUCUCAUACUCGGGGGCUGAAGACUCACCCACGAGAAGCCAUCCCGACAGCCCGCCAUUCACUCCUUCUGGUAGCCCGCUGUUCCACAAGGGGAUUUGGUCCGGUGGCCGGGACAGUGGCCGUAGAAACAGCUUUGGCUCGCCUUCGCCGCUGGGACGGUCCAGCAUUGGAGCACGAGAUGGAAGCUCCCUGCGAGCUCCCUCGACGCCCACGCCGUUUGGAAAGGGCACGUCCCCUGUUAUGACACAGAAAUGGCUGUUCGAGAGAAGCCGGAUGUCCUCGUCCGGCAGCAGCGUGUUCAGCCAGUGAUCUAUGAUGUAUUGUUUCUGGAGGAAGCUCAGCUAGUUACGGUGUCAGGGCGUUUGAGGAUUGUGUGUAUUUACACUUCUUUUUUUAACUUCUUUUCCUUUUUUGCCCUCUCUGCUGCUAUCUUCUUCGAUGUUUCCUUUUCCUCUCCCUGAAUUAGAGAGCGCAGCAUCCGGGAUAGCAGCCCAGCAAGCUUUGUUUUUCCCUUGCUGUAGCUCGAGAUAGGACAUACGUCCCUUUUAAUCUGACCUGGCCAGCCCCGUCCGGCCAGCCUGUACCUCCUG